GGUAAGGUACUUCCCUGGACGAACUCUUUCACAAGGAGCUCUACUGCUACUAAAUAGCAUAGUAUUCUUAGCACAAGUGGCAAAAGAGUCUAAUUUAAAUCGUAAUUGUAAUAUUGUGUGUUAAUUAUAAUCCAAGUCUUAUAAGUUGACAUGCGAAAUCCCACCUAAAGUGAUAACCUUCACGUAUCUUAAUCAAUAGAGUUCAAUAUAAUAGAUAAAUUCAGUCACCUUUUGUUCAAGUGGUACACGGACGUGUGUGGCGUAAUAAUGUUAAAAUAAUUUGGACCUAUCACCGUUGUGGCCUGCUCUACAUUGUACGAUAUUGUUUUACGAUGCCAUUAGGAGAAACAAUAUUUGCACAGAACAAUUACUUAUACGGAACUCGUUAAGUGAAAGAUUGUGAUAAAAGAUUUGAAAGGACAUAGUUUUUGUUAGUCAGUUAAAUUAUGCGAAAGUGGACUAUCUUUACGCGUUAGUAAUUAUAACGUACCUACAUGAUGAAUAGUCAAAAACCCUAAACUCAAUGGAUUAAAGUCGACUGAGCGAACGAAAAUUUAUUCAACUAAAGUUAGAGUUUUUCUCUGAGAAAAGAAUCAAUAUUAAAUAGUCAAGAAACAACAAUGAUGUGGAUUUUAUGGGUAAUACUGACUUUGUUGUUAAUAAAACUAUUCAAUAAGUUAUCAACAGGAAGAUGUUACGUUUUACCUUACAUGACGGGGAACGUGGUCAUUGUGACAGGAGCCAAUAGUGGCAUAGGCUACGAAACCGCUUUAAGAUUAGCUAGAAGAGGCGCAAGAGUUAUUUUAGCUUGUCGAGACGAAAAGAAGGGAAGGGCAGCCGCUCAACGGAUUUCCAGAACAGUCAAGCAUGCUAAAGUAAGGUACGAAUUCUUAGAUCUCAGCUCUUUGAAUUCUAUUAGAGAAUUCGUCGAUAAUUUCAAGAAAACUGAAGCAAAAUUAGACGUUUUGAUUAAUAAUGCCGGAGCAAGUGGAAUGGGGUUGAAGAAAACUCAAGAUGGCAUCAUAAGGGAUAUGCAAGUCAAUCACUUUGGGCCGUUUCUGCUCACGUUACUUCUAGUGCCUUUGCUUAAGAAAUCUGCACCCAGUAGAGUGGUAAUAGUAUCGUCGGUUUUACAUAAGUUUGGUACAAUAGACAACAUAAACGAAGAAGGAAAAUAUGGCUAUUUGCAAACGUAUUGCAAUAGCAAAUUAUGCAACGUGUUAUUUAGUAAUGAGCUAGCAAGGAGAUUGGAAGGCACAGGAGUCUGUGUCAAUAGUCUGCAUCCUGGACAUGUCAAUACAACGUUAUUCAGAUCUACGAUUUAUGAGAAGCUAAGAUGUUUGAUACUUUAUACGUUGUUUAAAACUCCAGAGGAAGGUGCGCAGACGGCGAUUUAUCUGGCAGCGUCAGGUGAAUGUAGUGGUGUAACUGGUGGUUACUUUGUUGACUGCGCGGCAGCUAAAAUGUCUAGGAAGGCUGAAGAUCCAGUAUUGGCAUCGGAGUUGUGGUCUUUGUCUGAGAAAUUAGUAGGGUUGAAAGCUGAAGAGGUUGUUUAAGGGAUGAAUCAUAUCACGAUUUCAUACAAUAUAUAGCGACUAACCGCAAUGUCUACGUAAAAAGGACAUGAGUACUGUUUAUAUCGUCGCCUUAGAGUGUAAACCUCCCAUACGCAUUUUCAUAUAGUUCGUUUUUACUGAUUUUUAUUGAGGAAAAACUUGUAAACUUCUUAUAAUACCAAUAAAUUAUUAUUAUUUUACUGGUUCUUGAACUUAAGUCUCUGAUC